UUGCCCUUUGUCUUCUAAAAUGUGUUGUGGAGUCACGCUGAAGGACUCGUACCGGCGCUGACGACUGCCCGUCUGCCAGCACCCGGCUGUUAUCUGUGCUGCUCCCAAACAGGCCUUGGACUCUCCAGCGGGCACGGUGACUCGGCGUGCGCCGACCGACCUCUGGGCCCUGGGCCUGACAUUUACAAGGAAUGUUUGUGUUGUUGGGUUGGAAGACCCGCAAGAGUGUAUCGGAAGUCAGACCGUGUGUCUGUAGCUUUCAUGCUAAUGAGCUGUGUGUGUAUAUUAGCAAGGGUGUCCUCUUUUCGUCUCUGGAGCAAAACGACGUGAAAGACUUUGGGAGCAAGCGUUGGGGUUUAAAAAAACAUAUGAACACGUCUUUGGUACUGAAUGAGUUAAUAGCAACUACCGUCUUUGCUCUUUUUGCCCAAAUAUUUCAACUUUCUUCUUAACUAACUUUGUAUUUUCCUUUUGGGAAUGUGAUGACUUUAUUCCCACAAUGUUACAACUUUUCCACCAACCCAGUUUUCCAAAACGACAUUUUUUUAGGUUUGCUUGUUUCUCAUAUUAUGACAUUUUAAAAAGUAAUUUCUUGAAUAUUUCAACUCCAUGCUACUAAAAUGACGUUAUUUUUCCUCAUUUUACCAGUUUAUUCUUGUAAAAUUACAUCUGUUUUUUUCCAUUUCUCCUGUUUUUCUGAAAUUUUCCAACUAUUUCAGCUUUCUUCUUGGGCAUUUUUUCCUCCUAAUUCCGACUUUAUUCCCAUAAUCUUUUGACUUCAUUCUCAUUACGUUACAUUAUAACUUUUUCUGCAUCCUGAUUUUCUGAAAACUUUAUUUGUUGUUUUGUUUGUGUUUCUCAUACUAAAAUGUAGUUUUUCUGUAGUAUUUCCACUUCAUGCUACUAAAAUGAUGUUAUUUUUCCCCAUUUUACACCGUUAUUCUUUUUGGGUUUCUUUUGUUAGAUUAAUACUUUUUUCUCUUAAUAUUUUGACUUUAUGCUUGUAAAAUGAUUGCUGAUUUUUCAAUUUUUUCUGUUUUUAGUUUUCCUUUUAAAUUAUAUUUUUAGAAUGUGCCACAGGCCAAUUUAAAAAACAGCCUUGGACCCCCGGGCCGCACUUUGGACACCUCUGGUGUGGAGGGAUGGUGUCCAUCUGAUCCAAUGUCGAUAUCAGGUUCCAAUACCAGUGUAAUUCAUGUAUUUGACCUGUCCGAUCCAUGAGUCACUUCUGCUUUAAUGUUGUCAGCAGGCGUAGCUAGAACAAUAUCAGCAGGCGUAGCUAGAACAAUAUAAGCAAACAUAGCUAGAACAAUAUCAGCAAACGUAGCGAGAACACUAUCAGCAGGCGUAGCUAGAACAAUAUCAGCAGGCAUAGCUAGAACAAUAACAGCAAACGUAGCGAGAACACUAUCAGCAGGCGUAGCUAGAAGAAUAUCAGCAGGCAUAGCUAGAACAAUAUCAGCAGGCAUAGCUAGAACAAUAACAGCAAACGUAGCGAGAACACUAUCAGCAGGCGUAGCUAGAAGAAUAUCAUGCUUUUUAGAAUUCUGCAAUGCAGGCCAUUCAUGGAAAAAACGUCAUCAUCAUGGCAUGACAGAUGAGAAGAAGACAAACACGCCUGCACGAGAGCGGCAGAACAAAAACAUGAGAAACAUCAGUCAUUGUGCUGCGAGGAAAGGUCCACACAUCAAGCGUCCAGCGAGUUUGUUCCGAAGCGCUUCCUCACGUUCUACCAGGUGCUUUGUUCUCCAGCUGUCCGGAGGUCAAAGUGCACACUCCAGCGGCUUUGAGAGGGAUUGUUUGACAGAGAAUUGCUGUGGGAAGACUGAUGGGAGUAUGGGAACCUCCCAUUGCACGGGAUUCCAAAAAAAAUAGGACUUCACACCACCUCUCCUAUACAACCAACUAGCGCACGGGUGUCCUUACUUUUUCCCAGCAAGGGCCACACUGUGAAAAAUGUAAGGAUGAAUUUUUGUCAUUUUCCCCCAAAGGAUUACAACGUUAUUCUCGUCAGGUUGCAACUUGUUUUGUUUCUCUUAUUAUGACAUUAUUUUUCCUCAUAUUACAAGACUUUUUUUCCUGUUAGAACAUUUUUUUCAUUUCAUGUUUUGACUUUAUUACCGUAAUAUUGUGACUUUGUCCCCAACCUAAUUUUUCAAAAAAUUACAACUUUAUUCUUUUGUUUUUUGUGUUUACUGUAAUAUUACAACUUAAAAAACAAAACUUCUUGAAUAACUUUAAUAAAUUUUUGGCGUUCCCCAAAUCUGUUGUUUGUUCGUGGAGAACGUAGCUGUGGUGACCAUGAAGGAGUAAGAUCUGGACACAACAUGCGUUGGCCACGGUAAUUACGUAUGUGGGAUGCACGUGUGGCGCACGACACACAUAGGAGUCCGCAAAUGCGACGUCUGACAAAAAUGAACAUUUAGCAGUGUUUCCCCGAGCAUUUUUUGAAGCUGUGCUGGUGGGCUAUUUACUGUUUUUCAACAGCCAACAGAACAUUGCAAAACUAUGGCAAAGUUGCUGAGGGCACUUAAAGUGAGCCUGGUGUCCUAUAAAGAGUAUACAUUGAGAGUCCAGGGUUGUGAUAGUACAGGUGGAUCCAACUUGCAGUGUUAUUCAAGCUACUUUGACAAAAAAAAGGAAAGGUGAUCUAUUUUGUUGGACUUUCCAACAUUACUUUAUUUGCACAGCACUCUGUGUGCUCAUUUGUCAUCGUGUUUGAAUAGAACACUUUAAAACAUGUGAAGCAAGUAUUCUUUGGUGAACGACUCAACAUCAGCUGGCGAGCUACUGCUAGCAUACGAGCUACCUUGGAGACCCCUGUGAUAGCGUCACUAUCUUAAAGCUGGACACUACGUGUUUCUGUUGAACGACUUAGACACACAUAGUGUUUUGAAGACAAGGCAUCAGUAUUCUAAUGCUAACGAGAGCAAGAUUGUCAAGUGACACUUUAGAAAGUAAGUUAGCAUGUACCCCAUGAAUGUGAUAGUCACUUGUAGCUCGCCUGUGGGUAAAAACGAACUAGCUAGUUGCCGCCAGAGAAGCGGUGAGAGCCAGGCAAAAUGUGUAAACGAAGAUGCCAGAAAGUGGAAGGAGAUUGAAAUGUGAGCGAUCGCGCACGCUGGCGUAUAUAAGGUUAGCCGGUGGCAAGCUGUUGUUAGUUGACUGCACAUUUUACAGACGGUUUUUCAUUCUCACGAUGAUAAACAAAUCUGGUCACACAAGCGCAAGUGCCAACCGGGCAGCCAGGCCAUUCCAUUUCACUCUGUUUAGCCCAAAACCUGACACCACAAAACUUCAGAAAGACACACGUCGGCUGUACGGAUGACGCUCAAAGACUUGCCAAGCGUGCAAGUUUGUCUUGCAACCCGAAAAAAACGUAAACGCCCGUAGAGUUUUGUUUGACGUGGCGAGCCUCUGCGGCCGGUCUACGGCUCGAAAAUCACCAAGUCACAUGCGUGCCCUCAGAUCAUUUCUUCUAUUUUGUAUUUUUGUAAAUGUUCGUUUUUAUUUGGUUGGUUGGUUGAAAUAAAGUUCAAUCAAAUCGAAAUCAACAUUGUCGACCAAAUGUCCCAGAGAGUGUGGACAGUUGGGACGAAGGCUCCACAUUUGCCAAAUGGGACAACUGGGCUGGGUGGAUGUGUUUGAGGUGGGCAAGUUUGUUUUGAUUUAAUAAUUGAUGAUGAAUAUAUGAUUCAUUCAUUCAUUUAUUAUUGCAAGACAAGAAACCUUGUGACAAGAGAUCUUGUGACUUACUUGGCUAGCAGCAGGGGUGAGCAAGUGAACGAGUUAACGUAGACGAGUAGCACGAGUCCCGUACAGUAUAAAACCUCUGAGGUUUGAAUGAUUUGAUGAAUGAGUCGAGCUGGGUGACACAUGGAGCCGUGGCUCUCGUCCUUAUUUCACACAGAACCCACACGACGUCAACGGGCAUCCUAGUUCUCGCUUCCACAAACAAGCGCUAAAACACAACACGGUGUAAACGUCCUCAUACAGCACACGCACGCUGAACUAGCAUGCUCUGCUAAACUGCGAGAUUCCUCGUUUAAGAGCAGAUUCUGGUUUUAUUGGCAGUUAAACUGGGAAUAUCAUAGGGCCCUACAUUGUAUUGACAAUUCCUUAAUGAUACCCACCCCCGUUACACAGAAUGCUGGCGGCCCUACAUCUGUUGUUUAUGUUUGAUCAUGUUAAUGAGCGUGUUUAGCUUGACUCAUGGCCUGAAGGCUCAGUGUUUAUUUGCUUGCUGAUCAGUAUCAGUGUACUGUACACUAAUUACAUGCUGAUUUAAUGGAUUUAGAUAUGCAAAUGAGAUACAGGAUCAUGUGAGAUAAUGCCAGAGAGACUUCCUGAUACGGCAUCAUGCUCCGCAGCAGUGGUAGGAAUUUCGGGGCGCUUUUUUUGGAAUUUUGUUCGUCUUCCACAAUCCUUUGGUGAGACAUGAACACACACACACGUCUUUCUUUUUUCUGUGCGUUCCAAAGAUAUAAAAACGUCUAAAUGCAUGUAAAGGGAGACACCUAUUCCGUAACAUUAUAAGCCAAUUUUCCAAAUAUGACAACUUUACUUGUUGUUUUGUUUGUCAUAAUAUUGCAACGUUUAAAAAAAAAAAAAAAAAAAUUGUUUUUUUAAUAUUUCAACUUUAUGCUACUAAAAUGAUGUUAUUUUUCCCCGACGUUAUUCUUGUGAACUUUUUUCUCAUUAGAUUAUGUUUUUUGCUUAAUAUUUUGACUUUAUUCCAGUAAAGUUAUUGCAUUUUUUUCUCUCCAUUUUAUGCUGAUGAUGUUUUUUUUUAGUUUUCUUGUUAAAUGAUAUUUUUAGAAUGUGCUGCGGGGGCCCCCGGGCCGCACCUCAGACACCCCGGGCUUAUUGCGUAUGUAGUUGGCAUUAUCAUGCAAAAAGGUUUAACGGAGCGGCGCAUGGCCCGAGGCAGAAGGAGGCGUGGUGUAAAAAGCUGGCAGUGUGUUGCAGUUGUGGCACAUGAAUGUACAAGGUAGCGUCGCCACCUUCAGGACUGGAGUGGAACACCAUGUUUUGUUUUAAAUGUUAGCGUUUGAGAGUGUGCACUCGAGCGCACGUGUGAAGAAUAGCUUGUGCAGAAUGCGUGGUGUGCUAUAAACAGCCUUGAAAUCGCACAGGAAUGCUCAGUGUGGUCUGGGAGGAGGAGCGGUGCGGCUUUGACUCCGUGCUCGACUUAGUGGCCUGAACCGAGCGGCCGGUUGUUAACCGUCUCUUUCUCCUUUGCCAUCGUCACCAGUGUGCGCUACCUUCUUGUUCCUCGGUCUCCCGCCUCCACCGCGGCCCACCGCAGCCCUGCGGGUGGCCACCCUGCCCCCAGUUGAAGGUCCUGUGAGUGGAACAAGCAGCCAUGUCGCCCUGCUGCCGUCAUGGCCGCACCACUGCCUCCAGCAUCGCCCUCCUCCGCUCUCAGCGCAUACUGGUGCUUGCCGCGACCCUGCUGCUGCUCUGCCCCGUGGACCCGGUAGCCGGUCAGGAGGAGGGUCCGAGCCGGUCUCCUGCCCAGGUGCUGAAGGACCUGUUGGCCCGCUAUGGAGACAACAGCACCAUCACGGUGCCCCAGCUGCGCUCCCUGCUGGCUCUUCUCAGCCAGGGGCAAAGUGGCGGCAAAGAGGGCAACGUGACACCUGUAGCCACGGCGAGCACACCCCCAAAGGCUAACAGCUCCAAGUGCUUGCCUGGGGACACGCUGGCCCUCUACAGCAUGGGUGAGCAUUCUCGCCUGGAUGGGCGGGGCUUGCAGGAGUUGUGCCCCAGCAUGCUGCAGCAGCUGGACGCUGGCGCCUGCCGGGCCCACAAGGAGGAGGAGCCGAGCGGCGAUGCCUCGCCCAGGCCGUCUGAUGCUGAAGUGUGGGGCUAUGGCAUCCUGUGCGUGACGCUCAUCUCGCUGUGCUCGCUGGUGGGGGCCAGCGUGGUGCCCUUCAUGAAGAAAACCUUUUACAAGCGACUGCUGCUCUACUUCAUAGCGCUGGCCAUCGGCACACUCUACUCCAACGCCCUGUUUCAGCUCAUCCCAGAGGCCUUUGGCUUUGACCCCAUGGUGAACUUCUACGUGUCCAAGUCUGCCGUGGUGUUCGGAGGCUUCUACCUCUUCUUCUUCACUGAGAAGAUCCUCAAAAUGCUCCUCAAGCAGAAGCACGCGGGUCACGGCCACAGUCAUUACUCGAGCGCAGACGGCUACUCUGCGGAACGUGAGGCGGAGGAGGGCGAGAGGGAGAAGCUUCAGCAGAACGGCGAGGUCAGCGGUCACGCCGUGGGCAAGCUGGACGCGGGCGAGGGCGAGCUCAUGCUCCACCCCUCACAGACGGCGCAGGACGCUCAGAGCACAGACGGUGGGGGGCGGGCCAACAGGAGCGGCGGCGGCUGCUAUUGGCUGAAGGGGGCGGCCUACUCUGACAUCGGCACGCUGGCCUGGAUGAUCACGCUGAGCGACGGCCUGCACAACUUCAUCGACGGCCUGGCCAUCGGCGCCUCCUUCACCGCCUCCGUCUUUCAGGGCAUCAGCACGUCGGUGGCCAUCUUGUGCGAGGAGUUCCCCCACGAGCUGGGCGACUUUGUCAUCCUGCUCAACGCCGGCAUGAGCAUCCAGCAGGCGCUCUUCUUCAACUUCCUGUCCGCCUGCUGCUGCUACCUGGGCAUGGGCUUUGGCAUCCUGGCCGGGAACAGCUUCUCCCCGAACUGGAUCUUUGCCCUGGCAGGGGGGAUGUUCCUUUACAUCGCUCUGGCCGACAUGUUCCCAGAGAUGAACGAGGUGAGUCGCGAGGAAGAGGACGCAGGCGGCAGCAGCUUCCUCCUCACCUUCGCCAUCCAGAACGGCGGCCUGCUGACGGGCUUCGCCAUCAUGCUGCUCCUCACCACCUACUCGGGACAGAUCAAGCUGGCUUAGCGGUGAAGAAAACGGUCUGCACUUCUUCUUUUUUUUUUUUUUUUGGUGUUUUUUUCUUCUUCUCCACCAUCCUCGUGCAGAAAACACGGCCUCCUCGACUUGCUUUCUUUCGGAGCCGUGGAGAGCUUUUGUGAGCGUCUGUCAUUGUUGAUGAGGAAGUGAGAAGAGCGCAGCUUCUAAACAAACACUGACUAGCUUUCCCAAUGAUGUGAUGAUGUGUACGUACGUACGUGGCCGUGGACAGCACACGCCAAGACAAACGCAGUUAUGGAUGAAGUUCUACUCACACUCGCUACAAGUUAGGCUGGAAUGAAGCUCACCUGUAAAGCGUUUCACCUGAGAUCCCCAACUCGGGGGGUGUCCAAACCUUUUUCCUUCAGCGAGGGAGAGACGGAGAGAAAAAUGAAAGGAUGCGAGUUUAAUAAGUCAUACGGUGGUGUGAAUAAGUGUUGGCCCCCUUCCUGAUUUCUUAUUGUUUCAGCAUGUCUGUCACACUUCAAUGUUUCAGAUCAUCAAACAAAUGUAAAUAUUAGUCAAUGACAACACAACUCAACACAAAAUGCACUUUUUAAAUGAAACGUUUUAUAUUAAAGGGAGAAAAAAUCCAAAGCUACAUGGCCCGGUGGGGAAAAGUGAAUCAUUCCCCCCCAUUAAAACUUAACUGAGAUGAAUUGAGAUCUAUCAGUGUGGAAAAGCUUAUAAAUCCAUUUCUAAAGCUUUGGGACUCCAGCCAACCACAGCGAGAGCCACUAUCCACAAAUGACCAAAACAUGGAACAGUGGUGAACCUUCCCAGGAGUGGCUGGUCAACCGAAAUGACCCCAAGAGCGCAGCGAUGAUUCAUCUGAGAGGUCACAAAAGACCCCACAACAACAUCCAAAGAACUGCAGGCCUCACUUGCCUCAGUUAAGGUCAGUGUUCAGUUGCUGCUGCUAAGGGGGGCCCAACCAGUUAUUAGCUUUAGGGGCAAUCAUUUUUUCACACAGGGACAUGCGGCUCUGCAUUUUUUUCUCCCUUAAUAAUAAAAAGUUUCAUGUAAAAACGACAAAGUGUUGAGUUGUGUUUUCAUUGACUAAUAUUUGCAUUUAUUUGGUCUGAAACAUUAAAGUGACAAACAUGCACAAAAAUAAGAAAUCAGGUAGGGGGCCAACACUUUUCCUCACCACCGUAUGUGGAAAAGCCUAUCAAUAACAUCAACUUCACUCUUUGCUUUUUUCCACCCAAUUUUUGCUGUUUUUGUAAUUUAAUUUUACAACUUUUUUCUUCAAUUUUGUAAAUUUUCUCUUGGUAAUAUUCUGACUUCAUUCCCAUAAUAUUUGACUUUUUUUUUUAAACCUAAUUUUCCAAAAAUGACAACUUUCUUUAGUCUUGUUUGUCAUAAUUUUACUUCUUUUUAAUCUUGAAUAUUUCAGCUCUAUGCUACUAAAAUAACAUUGUUUUCCCUCAUAAUAUCGCCAGCUUAUUCUCGUAAAUUUGCAACUUUUUUUUCUCGUUAGAAUACAACUUUUGAUUUUGACUUUAUUGUUCUAAGAUGAAAAGUUUUUCCACAAACUGAUUUUCCAAAAAUGAUGACUGGAUUUUGUGUUGUUUGUCAUAAUAGUAUGACACUUUUUGAAUACUUGAAUUCUAUGCUACUAAAACGAGAUUAUUUUUCUCCGUGAUACUGUGAGUUUAUUCUCAUAAAAUUACAAUUUUUUUCUCCGUAAAUUGCAACUUUUUUCUCUUAAUAUUUUGACUUUAUUCCCAUAAUAAUAUAACUUUUACCCCAACCAAAUUUUCCCAAAAUUACAAUUUUAUUUUAUUUUGUUUUGUUUCUCAUAAUAUUAUGACUUAAAAAAUAUAUUUUUUCUUUUAAUAUUUCAACCUUAUUUUCCCCCAUAAUAUGGAAUAAGUUUAUCCUUGCAAAAUUGCAUUUUUUUCUCUUAAUAUUUAGAGCUUAUUCUCAGAAAAUGUUAUUUUUCAUUUCUGCUGGGGGCGUUUUCCAUUCUCCAACAAUUUUAGCUUUCUUUUUUGAGAUUUUCUCGUAAUUAUGACUAUCUCAAUAGUAUUUGGACAUUAUUCUUGGAGUAUCAGAACUUUUUCCCCAACUUAAUUUGACAAAAAUGACAACUUUGUUUUGUUUUGUUUCUCGCAAUAUUAUGACUUUAAAAACAAAAUUUUUCUUGAAUAUUUUAACUCUGUGCUACUAAAAUGAUUAUUUUCCUCAUAAUAUUACCAGUUUAUUCUUGUAAAAUUGUAACUCCUCAGUAAAAUAUGACUUAAUUCUCUUAAUAUUUUUGACUUUCUUCAUGUGAAUUUUUUUGUUGUAAUUAUGACUUUAUUCCCAUAAUAUUUUGACUUUAUUGUCAUAACAUUAUAACUUUUUUUGCAACAUAAUUUUUCAAAAAUGACAACAUUAAUUUGUUUGUUUCUCAUCAUUUUCUUAACUUCCAAAAAUUAAGCUUUUUUUUUUUAUUAUUUCAACUCCGUGCUACUAAAAUGAGAUUAUUUUUCCUCAUAAUAGUAUGACUUUAUUCUCGUAAAAUUGCGACUUUUCCUCGUUAGGAAACAAUUUUUUUUUCUCCUAACAUUUUGACUUUGCUGCAAACCAAUUUUCAAAAAAUUGCAACUUUGUUGUAUUAUUUAACAUAAUAUUACAGCUUUAAAAAAAGUGACUUUAAGUUAUUAUUUUAUUUUAUUUUAUUCCAAGCCUAUGCUAAUAAAAUGAUUAUUUCUCCUCAUAAUAUUUCGACAUUAUUCUCGUAGACUUUUUUUUGUAAAAUUGCAACUAUUUUCACUUUAUUUAUUAAAAUUACUGCGGAAUUUUCCAUUUUUGCUGGGUUUUUUUUUAGUUAUUAAAAUUAUAUUUUUAGAAUGUGUCACGGGGGCAAUUAAAAAAAUAAAAAUGUGUGGCCCGCGGGCCGCUUUGGGAACUUGUGCCCUAACCUGCGGUGAGUUGUGUGCAAGACAAGAUGCAGAUGCAGUGUGACUCGUCAAAAAGUGAAAGUGGAAAGUGGACAUCAGACGAUGACUUAAAAACUCCCGUCAUUACUGCCGCUUGACAUUUAAACUGUACGGGAGAUGAUUUAUUGUUUUUUGUUAUUGUUUGUUUCCUGGGUUCGUACUCUGAGCUUUCCACCACAAGCCAUGGGAACGUAUUUUGUGUUUGUUGACUAAUAAGAAAUGCCAUAUUUCAGCUGCUCGUUACGUUAUCGUUCAUACGUGUAACAACGUACUCUUAUCUGAUCACACCUCGUUUGUUCUUUUUCUUUUGUAAAUGUCAUCCGCAUAUCCUGUCUCAUGCCUCAUGAUAUCUGACUUUAUACACGAAAUGACUUUAUAUUUGGCCAAUAAAGAUUUUGGAUUGAU